GGAUUGAUCAAUAAGUGUUAUGACAGUAAAUGAAUACACUAAUAUCAUUAUAUCCCAUUAUAUUUAUUCCACAAUAUUAUAGAAACACUAAUUGAUACAGGUCCAAGUCCAACAAAGGAAAGUAAAAAGUGAUCAACUAUCAUAUCCAAUAAAAAAAUGAAAUUAGAAAUCAAAAAUCUUUAUUUUACUGUAAAAGUAGCAAGACAUAUACAGUUCAAAAUAAUGAAAUUACAGUUACUUGUGAAGGAAUUGAAGUACCUGAAAUUAUUAACACUGGUCUACUAGGAAAAUACUUUCCAUUCGGUUUCUGUUAUGAAUUUAAAAAACUUGUUCAAUUGGCUAUACCAAUUACUAUGACAUCUUUGGUAGCCUUUUUAUCUGGUCCUAUGGGUCUUAUAUUCUGUGCAAAUUCUGUAUUCAAUGUCGCUGGCUUAGCUGUCAUAACUGGUCUAUUAACGGCAGUUGACACCUCAUUUUCACAGAUAUUUGGCAGUUCAAAUAAAGGAUUAAUGGGCAUUCAUUUACAACGUGCUAUUGUAAUCUCAUUUAUAAUGUGUAUGCCUUGUUGGUCAUUGUAUUUAUGCAUUGAACCUAUACUAUUGGGAUUGAAACAAAAUCCUUUAAUGGCUAAGAAAGCUUCUGAAUAUUUAUUAUUUAUGAUACCAGGAUUGUAUUUUGCUGCAAUAGGUCAGAUUUUAACAAAAUACGUUCAAACUCAAAAUCGUGUAUAUAUUCCUUUGGCAAUCGGGAUUCUAACAAAUUGUUUCAAUGCAUCUCUGCAUUAUAUUCUUCUAUUUGUUUUCAAAAUUGGAAUAAUAGGUUCAGCUAUUUCUCAAUCAUCAGCUUAUUUAUUUCAAUGUGUUUGCUAUCUACCAUAUAUUCUGAUGUUACAGCAAUCAGGACUAACAUGGAAAGGUUGGACAAAUGAACUAUGGCUUGACUGGGGAAGAUGGUUCAAAUUAGCUAUGCCAGGUGUUCUCAUGAUUACCUUGGAAUGGGUGAUUUUUGAAAUGGGCAGCAUAGUUUCAGGUACACUUGGUGAAAGAGAAUUAGCUACCCAAACAAUUCUUUUCAACAUUGAAUCAAUGUGCUUUACACUGUUACCACUUGGAUUCGGUAUAGCAUCAAGCAUACGUGUUGGUCAAUUUCUUGGUGCUCGCUCUUCAAUCGGACCACGGUCAGUUGUUUCUACAGCUCUUGUAACAUUAUGGACAGCUUCUAUUGCCUUUAUUCUAGCUUUGUCUUUAUUGAGAUGGAAAAUUCCAAUGAUUUUCACUUCUGACCAAGAUGUCAUUGAACUAUCUGCUAAACUAUUGCCAUUGAUUGCUACAUUUCAAAUAUUUGAUGGAACUGUGGGUGUUUGCGGGGGUGCCAUUCGUGGAGCUGGACUACAACUGUUCGGUGCAAUUGUUUGUUUUAUAAGCUUAUAUGUAAUAGGUUCCCCAAUCAGUUUUAGCCUUGUUUACGCUGGCGGUUACGGUUUGGAAGGUUUAUGGGCUGGUAUGACAAUUGGAACCAUUUUCGAGGGUGUUAUUUAUCUUAUAACAUGUCAGCACAUUAAUUGGGAGAAACAGGUUCAGCUGGCUAUUGAAAGAACCGAACAAUUAAUACUAGAUGAUGACCAACUGCAAGAAGGAAGUACAAACCAAUCGACUGGAGGAGUUCAACAUUCAACAAAUAUCAAGUCCUCAUCGAUUAAAGAUGAAUGUGUAAAUGAUGAGGAACAAGUCGAUGUUCAAAAUGAUAAUUCAUUUCGUGAAAGUGUAACAGAAGCAGGAGCAAGCUUGGUAGAUGACUACAAUCCCCCAGCCAAUGAAUUUAGAUCAAAUUCACAAAAGAUACUUUCGAUUCAAUUAGAAAAGGUCAUCGUGUCACGUACUAUAUUCAUUCUAUUUAUGUUAUUUCUCUUAAGUUUAGCCAUAAUUAUGAGAGUACUUAAACCAUGGUCAAAAAAGUUUGGUGCAUACUGUACAUUUUCUAACGGAACAUUCAUCUCAUUAAAGGAUCGUAAUAUAUUUCUUCGAAAUUCAACAGAAACAAUUUUAGAUGCUGACAAUAUUUUAUUAAAAUAUUACGACUUAAACUGUACAAUAUCUAUCCCCUAG